ACAGCACUGCCGGGGCGCGUGGGCCGGGAUAGGCAGUGCCGUCGCUGGCUCAUGGAGUGACUCAACAUCUCCGCUAUGAAUACCAAGCGACCAAAGCCUCAUUCUCAUUAAUAAUUUAAAUGAUGAGGAAAAUCCCUAAAUCAGCACUUGAAUUUGGGGCCCCGGUAGCAGGCUCGCCAACCUUACAAACACUCGACGUCCCUACACUGUGCAUCCCCGGAGGGUUUCAUUGAUGGAUACUCGAAAAACACGUUAGUGGUUGAUAUAUAUGUAGCACCAGUAUGAAGACAUUUUAUCAGGGGAGUGGUACAAGUGUCCAUGGCCACCAGUACAGCGCCGUGAGGUUGGCAGCGCCGUUGUUUGUGUCGCAGCCUCGCAGGAGGACAGGUGUGGCAGGACGUCAACAAGGGAGGAUGUGAGGGGCCCCACGCCGGACACAAGAUGUGGGGAAGCACAGGAGAAUGGCUUGUGGUGGUGAAGGCCUUGGUGGUGUGCCUGGGUCUUGGCUCUCUGGCCCAGGAAAGUCAGCCUAUUGGAUGCUACACAGAGGACACGUUUGGGGUGGACUUCACCUACCGCUCCAAGAACACCACCAACGGCAGCAGCAUCUCCGCCUGUGUGGCUGAGUGCAAGAAGAGCUACUUGAGAUUUGCUGGUCUGUUGAAUGGCACUCAGUGUCUUUGUGGGAAUACUUUGAGCAUUGAUAAGGCAGAGGGGUGUAACAUUCCCUGCGCAGAUGAGGCACUUGAUAUGUGUGGGGGGGCAGGAGUAAUGAGUGUGUACGAGACUGGCCACGGCAUCCUUGGUCCACCCCAGUCCCUGACGCAGGUGGACAGUGAUCCGUCCACACUACACAUCACCUGGGAACCUCCUGCUAAGGGUCUCGCCAAGAUACUGCAUUACAUUGUCAAUCUUACGCCACUCUUAACCUUCAGUGAGAGGGACCAGCUUCGGGUGGUCAGCUCGACCUACUCCGCACACACUCAGUCUGCCACCCUCAGGAACGUCCAGCCGGGCUCAAAGUACAUGGUGGAGGUCCUGGCCACUUCCUCCCAGGGCAAGGGCUACCCCAUGUCCCGGGAAAUGUGGACCAAGGUUGGGAAGCCUGAGACCCCUGCCAUGCCCCAAGUCAUCAGCCGCACCGCCAACACCAUUACCGUGCAGCUGGAGCCUGUCGUGGCCACCAACGGGCCCAUCACAGCGUACCAGGUGGUGGUCAAGGAUGAGACGGUGAGUUCCGAGCUGCAGCCGGAGUUCCUGGAUGACUACCACACAGCAGCCAAGAACAGCAUCCCGUACUACAUUGCCGCACAGCUGACGAAGGACGAGUUUGUGACGGUCUUCAAGGUCGGGGACGGGAAGCGCUAUGGCAAGUACUACAACGCCCCCUUGAAGGAAGGCAUUGACUACCACAUCCUCCUCGGCGUCGUCAGCACCAUCAACGACACCAAGACCGCUUACUCCACCUCCGGACAUGAGCAGCACGAAAGUUCGCACCUGCACGACUUCUCUGUUGGCAGCGGCGACUCCUCCGCAACAAGCGUCCAGUUGGCGCAGAACAGGAAGGUCAUUCUUGGCCUCUCCAUCGCCAUCGGGAUCUUUGGCUUCCUCCUCGUGGCCUCCAUCUUCGUCUACAUCGCCAUGAGGGUCAUCGUCAACAAGAACCGGAGAUCCUUGGAGAACCAGGAGCUUGCCGUCCAUGCCCAGCAGCCUCACCAGGACCUUGAGAAUGGGUACAGUGUGGCUGCCCAUUACGUGGACGAGGAGAUCCCGCCCGCCGACCACUACCGGCAGCUGAAGGAGAAGGUGUGGAUCAUCCCCCACCAGGGACUCAACAUCGUAGGGGACAUCGGUGCCGGCAAGUUUGGUGACGUGAGGAAGGGCGUGGUGAUCAACAAAGGGAACCAGAAAAACGUGUUGGUGCAUAGGAUAGAGGAUGACGGCUUGGGAGGGAACCGCAAGACCAUGAUGCUGCGGGAGUUUGACGCUCACGUACGCCUCGGCAGCCACCCACACAUCUUAGCGCUGGUGGGCCUGAUGGAGGAGUUCAAUGUCAUCUCCGUGGCCUUUGAGUACGAGACGUCCACCCUCAAGACCCAGCUGGUGGAGAGCCGAGCCGUCCAGCACUACCCCGUCUAUGCUGAGAAGAACAGGAGGUUUUCCACACUCGUCGAGACCCAGGAACUGCUGGAGAGAGAUCCUGUCACAGCAUCACAGGCCAUAGAGUUCCUGGUUGGUGUGGCGCAGGGCAUGGGCCACCUGACAGCCCUUGGGGUGAUGCACGGCCAGCUGUGUGCCAGAAACAUUGUGGUGGUGGACGGCACACGGCCCAAGAUCACCGGCUUCGGCCUCAUCCACUACCACAACGACCUGUAUGUGCCUGACUACCGGCGGUGGCACGCUGUUGAGACCCUCCGCAGCAAGGUAUCUGUCCCCAAGAGUGACGUAUGGUCCUUUGGCUGCCUCAUGUGGGAGGUGAGUACCCUGGGAGGAACGCCGUAUGCUGAUGUCCGCACGGAGGAGGUCGCUGGCAGGGUGAUGCGGGGCUUGCGCUUGCCUCAGCCCCAGUAUGUCGGGGAUGAGUUGUACCAGAUGAUGCUGAACUGCUGGCAGCACGACAUGGACGAGCGGCCAUCCUUCCCCGAGCUGGAGGCCGGCCUGAUGCAGCUGGUCGAGGAUGACGUCAUGCCUCACCUCCUUUUCUCUCUCUAUCCCUCAUUCCAGUAUGAACCUUACUCCCCUCACCUGGAAUUCCUUGACUAGACUCCCUUGCCUCAGUGUUUGUGUGGGUUUGUGGCUGCUUGAUUGUGUGUGUGUGUGUGUACAAGUAUGUGUGGAUACAUGAAUGAAAUUACCAUUUUACACAAUUCAUAACAAAAACUUGGUAUUAUUGUCUUGUGUCAAGUGAUAUGAAUGCACAUGUUUGGCACAAAAAGCUUUUAUGUAUAUGUGAAAGUAUAAGGUUUAAUCAAAACAUUCCAUAAUAUAUGACUGGAUCUGCUUUAUUCUGUUGCAUGGUCAAAUUAAUUAAUACAUUUUAUGAAUAUUUGCCUGCCUGUUGCAGUAUUUUAUGUAUUAUAAGUUGAUGUUUUGUAUAAUUUACGAAAGUAAUAAGACUAUACAAUAUUCUCUCAUUACAUGAAGUAUUCAUGUAUAAUGUGACAUGUCCGAUCAGCGCACACGGUGUUGGGCCUCGCUGUGCUCACGAGGCUGUGGCCCUCAACCCUGGCUGACUGAUGGUGAGCCUCACUUGAACGCAGUAUUGCUUUGUGUACUCAAGAGCCAUGCCAAGGGGGGCAAGGAUGGGGAGGGACAGUGUGUCGUGAGGGGUUAAAUCUUUUUCCAAACAUUCCACCCAGGAGUUGAACCUGGGCCGGGGCCCCAAGACUGGAAGAUGGACACAAGUGUUGAGCCAGAGGGAUCCCCGUGAUUUAUGGCCAUUUAGUCUUUAUCAGCACCUUGGGGCCAUUACAUGGCUUCCCUUCUCCCAUUUAGGUCAGUUUCUCUGUGCUUUGAUUUUAAUCAAGUCACUGCAAUCACAUUUCCUCUGGUAAUGAGACUAACCCCUCUGAUAGAUGUAGGCUAUCCAGUUUCUUCUCCCUUUACAUGGGGAAAUACAACACAAGAAUGGAUGCACUGCUGGCCACCAGGGUUGUUGGGGGUUCCAUUUCUCAAAACACAAGAGAUUUUGAUCCAAUUGUGAGAAUAAUUUUUUUCCAAACAUUCCAACCAGGAUUUGAACCUGGGCUGGGGUCCCCAGACAGAAAGCUGGCACUCGAGCACCGAGCCAAAAGGAUCCCCGUAUCGUAAGGCCUUUUGUAGUCUUUGUCCGUGUCUUGGAGCCUUACAAAUGAAGCCACUUGAAAUCUCAUAUUUUAUAAGGGCGACUAAGAAAUUGUGAUCUCAUGUUGUUCAAUGUUGGUCCAGGGGAAAGUCAUGGCUCUGUGUUGAGCAGGAAGGCCUCUCAUAAUCACAGUCAUUUUACUUUCCCGUCAGUCUUGGAAUGUCUUCGGUUGUAAUCUGUAACUGAUGGCAGCUUGAUACAGGUACAGAUUUGUGAUAUGGUAAUGACCAUCUACUUUAAAUAGAUUUUAUGCAGCUGUUUUGAAGAAGUCCAAAUGAAUCAAAGGAUUUAGUUUGUAGGGGAUUUUUGUUGUUUUUAAUGUAAGAUUUAUCCAUUUUUAUUCUCAAACUUAACUACAUUAGGUUCUCCUCAAGAUUUUGUUCCUGCAGUACACAAGUGUUAUAACUAGAUAGAAGUCACCUGAUGGCAGGAUAUUAAAAAAUUCAGUAUGAAAAUAUGUAAGCAUGGCAGUCAAGCAUUCAUUCUCCAUCCCUGAUAGAGAUUGUCGGUCAAUCAAACACUAAGCACCACGAAAAUUCAGGCUCACCACUUGGUGCAAAGCAAAACUCAGCAGUUGUCUCACUAGUGCAGGAGGAUGCUGUGUGAAUUUCCCGCAAAUUUGUCAGAAUAUUUGCAGCGAGGAACUGUGCCUGGCCCAAGUGUAGAAGGGGCUUUGUGGUGCAGUGGUUAGCACACUCGGCUUACAACAGAGAGAGCCCGGGUUUGAUUCCCGGGCGGAGUGGAAAAAUUUGGGCGGCGCCCCUGUCCACCCAGCAGUGAAUGGGUACCAGGUAUUAAUUGGGGGUUGUGUCCCAUCUCCUGGGGUCUGUUCCCUUCUCCUAUAAUUCCUUUCCCUUUUGUCUCUCUCCGGCAUAUGACCACAGAUGUUGCACCGACCAAACAAAACUUUCCAACUUUCCUUUCCCAAGUGUAAAAGAUAAGGAAGGCAGCUAUGUGGGGAUUAGCACAGGAGAGUACAUAAUGUGUAAAUAGAUGCAUGCAUGCACAUCAAUGAGCAGCUUGUGUUGCCUUCAUCCAGACCCCUGGGAUCCUGGACCUGUUUGGAAGGGUAGGUGAAGGUAAUGAUGGGAACUGUGGUAGAUGGCAGUCACAGUGCCAGUGGUGCCAACUGAAGUAAUGUCCAACAUAAGUGACACAUUAACAUAUUCCUUGAUUAUCAGUCUUGAAGAACCUUAGGGCCUUGAGGAGAGCAAUGUAUAUUAGGAUAGGAAAAUAUUAAUCUCAGCACAGUGGAUACCGUAAGUAAUUUAAAUGUUCAAUAUUUUCUGUUAUAGCAUGGCAUGUGUUUGGUAAGGCUUCACUAAGUGUAUGUACAAUUGCUUAAAAAUUAAUGAUGCAAGGGUUUAGAAUUUUAUGGCUAUUGAGAAUUCCCAGAUAGCUGGAAUUAUUAAUGUUUCGAUGAAACUAUGAGGAGAUGGUUGUUGCUUCAUUCUUCUAUCAGUCCAUAAAGCAGUCCAUCAAGGCUUUUUAUUGCAUCAUCUUAAAAAUCAUUUCAAGUGCAUUUUUGUUCCCUUUAGUUCAGUGUGAAUGAAAUACUAAAGCGUCACUAGGAAGUCACUGGGAGGUUAAGGAUUUGAUAUCAUUUAGUAUUAUACAAAAAUAAUUAAAGUAUUGUAAUGUAUUUUAUAUAUUAUGCAUGAAUCUUCAGGUCUACAUAAUGAAUUUAAUUUAAAUAAGAAGAGGCCACUUAAGUACUACAACUCUACCAUGCUUUGUGUUGUGAAUGAGAAGGAAAUGCACCACCUCUCACCUGCCUCCGCACAUCCCUUCCUCUGAGUUACCGGAGCUGCGUCUUGCCUCAGCACUUCCACUGUGUUGAGGUGGCAGCUGUGAUAUUGGGCACCACAGGAUGGAGCCCUUCACACAGCUUGCAUCAUUGGUGUUUGCUCUUGAUGAUAUUUCAAGUUACAAUUCUUAUUCUUUACAUAAAGUUUUCACAAAGUUGGUUCCUGACUUUGCCUUAAAAGGUUAAUGGAUUGCAUGAAUAAUAUUGGAUGAAGUGUUGUAAGCAAGACUGAAGACUGCCCAGUGUUCAAGCUCUUGGAUUUGACCGCACAAACCCUCUUUAGAUUUGUUUUCAUCGUUAUCAUAAGAGAGCAGAUUGAAAGGCACUAAACAAUCCAUGGAAUUGUAAUGUGAUGGAGGACAUUGAUGAGGACAUGUUUGAUGGAGAUAAGAAAUAUAAAAUACAUCCAUGUGUGUGUUGGGAUCAAGGCAGUUUUCCAGUCUAAAAUUCAACCAAACUUUCCCUACCAGGUAUCUACAUAGUAUCCCCUAGAUUGGAAUGUGAUCUGUCUGGGGGGGUGGCUCAGUCCUGUGUCGCUGUGCCACACAGUUAUGGUACAAUCACAUGAUCAUUCCUCUGCUCAGUGGUUAUGUUUUUUUAUGUUUCAAUUGCUGUAAAGUGUUUGUGUUCAAUCUGUAGCUAGUUGUUUUGUUACAGUAACAGUGGCAUUGAGCCAUGGUGAAAGUCAGUCUGCCAGUGCCGGGGAAAAGACAAAAGAAUGCCUUAUGUUGGAAAUGAAGCUGGACAAGGAGUGAACAACAUGGCAUGCUAAUUUUGUUAUAUUUUCUUUAAAUGAUUAUUGUGAAAAGAUGCUCAAAUUUGUUGAGGACUUACAAUUAAUUAAUUAUUUUGAGUGGCUAGGAGUGCACUCUAAAGCAAUUUUUGAGGACCACAACUCAAUUGUAUUGCAAGGAAUGCCUUUUAUUCCUUGUGCAGAGUAAAUGAUGCUCUUAGUGUGGAAGUAUUUUUCUUAAUUGUUUUCAGUGUAUUAAGUAUGAAGAGCAGUCCUACUGUAAACACUUGUGGUGUGGCAAUACCAGAAAAGAUGCAUUACUAAAUCCACGUCCUCAUGUUGUGUAAUGUGACGGGUACUAGACUUGCCCAAAGUUAAAAUUGUUCCCAGUAAGGAAGGAUGGAGCUUCAAGAGUUCUUUAGGAAUCAAACUGCAAUGUGUGUUUUCACAAGUGUACGAAAACUUCUUUGUGCCUUUAUUUUAAACAUGGUUGUUAGUAUGCUGAAUGAACACUCCCAAAAGGGCUUCCUGUGUACAGACCCCCAAACAAAGCCAUUUUUAUGAAGUACAUAUUAGUUGAGUACUAGUUUUGUACUGGAAACCGGUAGUGUCAAUGUGUCCUGUGUGUGUAUGAUUGUUUGGUAUUUGAUUAUUAUCUUAGGCUUUUUAUACCAGUACUUAUAUUUUAAACUGCUCUACUCUAGUCACAAGUGAACAGUUUUAAAAGUAACUUAGUUUCCAGUAUUUCUUCCUAGGUCACACUUGUCUUCCUUUAUAAUUUUAAGGAAACCAUUGGAUUAGUGUUUUUAGCUGAUUUAUAAGUUGGCAGAUGAUGCAUGGUACUGUGUUCCAUUUCAAGCUUACCUUUUGAAGGGAAAUAGAAAGUAUUGAAAUAUAAUGGAGAUUAACUGUAAUGUUUAGUUACUUAAAACACAGUACAUAUUCCAGGUUGUGUUAUGUUUUAGAUGUUGCUUUUCUACUGCAAAUUUAUGUUAUGGAAUCUCAUAGCUGUACACUAGACCUAUCAAGUCUCCUGGCUCUACACCUGUAUUGGUCACCCCGUGGCUCAGUAUAGCAUUAUUGUUCAAUUUAGGGGUCUUGAGGCCUGGUAUUUGAUAUUACUCAAGCAAAUUUUUCUUUCCGAGGUUGUCAGUACAGCCAGUUUAGAAUCUCACGUUUGUUCUUUACUGAACAUUGCUAAGUUUACAAAACGAUACCAAAAUAUUUAUCUUUCUGUUAAUGCAUCACAGCUAUGUCUUGUGGUCAAUAGCUAACUACCCUUAGGUGGUGGAACUGCAAGGAAGAUUAAUGUAGAUGUACUAAUGAAGAGUUUUUGGGUAAUUUAUUAAUCCUGUAGGGAAACAAAUAUAUAUUUAGGAUAAAAAAUAUUUGGUGUUAGAGCAAAGGCAGUAAAUAUGUCAUUUAGGAAUCCCUUUUUCUCACUAAUCAUAGAACUCAAAGACCUGAAAGCCUCCUCAAUCAAAUGUUGGUUUUGAACAUUUGUCCGAGGGGGUUGUUACGUCCUGAAGCAGUGCAGCACAACUACUUUUCAUCACUCAGGCAAUUCAGGGACCUCCACACAGACCUCAGUUCUGUGACUAAUGAGUAAAGAGGAUCAACCAAAGCAUGUCCACUAUCACAAUGAUCAACCAAACUUGGAGGAUGCAUGACUGAAUCAAUUCCCAAUAGCACCACAGAGGUGUAUGUAUUCUGAAUAUUGGAGGAUAAUGCAUUUCAAUGUUGCUUAGCAUUCCAUAUAAGUACAACAUUUUGCUGUAAUGCUGCUCCUAGCCUUGUACAAUUUCAAAUCUCACUGGAUGGCGGUAAAGAGCCUACAUCUGUCCCCCGGUAUUUGUGGGUUCACUGUUCGUGGAUUCACACAUUUGUGGAUUUCCCAAAAAUGCACAAAAGUGGCCUACAAGGAAUUUUCUCCGUGCCACUCCAAACCCUUGCGGUCCGCCUGUGGACAGUGUGGCUGUUCCUAAGGAAAGGGUGAUGUAUACAUGCAGAGCGCAGCAUAAAUUAUUAAAAGCAGCAUUAUUCAUCAGCUAUACCUAUUGUAAUUUACAUACACUUACGAAUAUGUAAUCAUCACUACCACUGACAAGCUUUUUUGAUGUUCAGCAGCUGAACUUGUAGUUAUGAUCCAAUUUUUAUUACCCAAUUUUUUUGUAGAAAAUCAUUCGCUAGUGAAUCAUUUGCAUGAUGAGCAUAUACGGUAAGUGCCUAAAGUUGAAAAAGAAAAUGGCAGGGACUCUGUGGUGAGUGGACAACAGUUAAGCGAGAUAUUAAUGACCCCGUAUUUUUUUUUAUUUUUUAUUUUUUUUAUUUUUUUUUUUAAUUUUUUUUUACAACAAAGGAGGCAGCUCAAGGGCACAAGGAUUACAUCAAUUACACAACAGUUUAUAGUAUGUAUUGCUGAUGAAUGAUGCUGUUUAUGAUAUUUAUGCUGCUUUCAGGUAAUGGAAGUGUUGUAGUAGGUGCAUUUUAAAUGAUUAAUUGCUCGGUGGUCUUUUGUGGACCCAGAUGCUUUUAAGAGGGGAAGCGCCAAACAUUUGCAGAAAUUCUUUAUCUGGGGGGCGGCUGUGUCCCCUUACCCUCACAAAUAAGGGGGGACAGAUGUAUAUAUAUAUUCAAGAGCUAUUUAAUAUAACAUAACUUAUUAAUUGGAGUUGGUAAAUAUUCUAUGAUUGGAUUCACUUUCUUAAUCAUUCCAGUUUUUAUAUUAUACAUGAUUAAACAUGUCCAAAUAUUUUGAGGUCUUAAGAGUAAAUAAUUCCUCCCAAGGUAAUGUUAAGGCUAUUAAUAAGAAGGUAAUCAAUAGUGUAUAACUAAAGAAGUGACAAUAUGCAUGUUAUUGUAAAUUAAAUGUGGCCACACUGGUAA